GCCCUCCGUUCAUCAUGUUGGCUAAGAUGACUGUGGGGAGGAUGGAGCCCCAGCCGGACUCCACGAUCACCACACCCAGGAUCUCCCCUUUACUCUUCUCCAGCUGCAGCUGUGGAGACGGAAGCAGAUGGCUGCUUUUCCUGAGCCUCAUUCUGCUGGUGAGAUCUGUUUCUGUCAUACACUCAAAAAUAUGCAUAUGCAUGCCAAUUGCACACUCCCUCAAAUCUUGCCACAUCUGUGGCAUUGUGCUGUAUGAUAAAACUGCACCUUUCAGAGUGGCCUUUUAUUGUGGGCAGUCGAAGGCACACCUGUGCACUAAUCAUGGUGUCUAAUCAGGAUCUUGAUAUGGCACACCUGUGAGGUGGGAUGGAUUAUCUCAGCAGAGGAAAAGUGCUCACUAUCACAGAUUUAGACAGAUUUGUGAACAAUAUUUGAGAGAAAUGGUGAUAUUGUGUAUGUGGAAAAAGUUUUAGAUCUUUGAGUUCAUCUCAAAAAAUGGGAGAAAAAACAAAAGUGUUGCAUUUAUAUUUUUGUUUUGUGUAUGUAUACAUACUUAAUACUAUAUACUAUAUCACAAACAGGCUUGGUCUUAGGAAAUCCUUGCAUUUGUUGGGUUUUCCAUGCAUAACUUUGUACGCUUAAUUUCAAUUGCUAAAUUAGUCAGGUAAAUUCCCAUAAUUAAUAAUACUGUAGGGUCUUAACCUUACUGUUUGAUAUAGAAGAGGGUAAAUUAGUUUGUAGGAUAUUAAUCAGGUAAAUUACAACAUAUUUAUCACUCUAGGGUCUUAACCUUAUUAUUUAAACUUGACAGAUAACUCUGCAACACCAACCCUGUUUCUAUACUGAAAAGUACUUUGGCUGUUGUUUUAAAUGUGCUAUAUAAAUAACAGUGACUUGACUUGAAUUUCUAUAUCAACAACAUGUCAGUGUAUUGUAUUCUGCUAUUCUGUGUAUUAAAACUGGUCAAAGACUAAUCAUAUAUCUCCGAAAAUUAGGAAUUAUGCAGUCUGGUGAUCUGGAACAGGAAUGUCACUUCUGCAAAUUGGAAAUAGAGCUCAGGAACACCCUUACUAACAUCAGCAAUGUAAAAAAACAAAAAAAACCACUAUAUUCAGUCAAAAGCACAACAUAACAGGUGACAGUUAUCGCGAGGGAAAAGCCUUCUCAUGUGCAGCUUUACAAAACACUAAACAGCCUCUAAUGCUUUCUUUACUAACUUCAUGUCACUGUGAGUAAGGAAUGUAAACGUACCUUAGCUUGUAGAUGCUAAGUUCAUUCAGAAACCGUGUAUCCUCUCUUGGCCCCUCUUUAUCAACAUCUAAAAAGGUAAAACAUAUUGAAAAAACGCUAAAUGUUUUAAUUUAUAACGUUUGCUGUGGUAAUAAUGUAAAUAACGACAGAUAAGCUGGUUUCUUACUAGCAGUUUGUGUCGCAUUUGACUUUAAACGUCUUAAGUUAGCUAAUCAUCCAAAUAGUGGCUUUGGUAGGUAAAAGUUGUUUUAGAUGGCGCUGGUUCUCAUUUUACGUGGUUAUGUUUUCGGCAGGCCGAUUUAAACAGCGUAUGGACACACAGCAAUACGUGUACGGCCACAAAAAACACCCUUCUAUUAGCUAGCAGCAGGCCUGAGCUGUUUGAGUCAUCCUCGUCUCCGGAUUAUAAUAUUUCCGACCGUUUAUGACAGCACCAAAACGCAGCAGAGCCAUUUGAGCGCCAAACUACAGAGCUGUUAGCAUAAAGUAGCUAGUAGCUGCAGUUGGUCAGAGGUUUCUAUAGCUUUUAUCUUUUGAAGGGAAGAAGUACUAAGAAAUAACAUAUUCAACGUCAUAGUUACUAGCUGAAAGUAGCUAACAUCUCCUUGUAAACAGACUGGACUUAGUGCUAUGUUUCGGGGUAAGACUGCCUGGUUUUCAAGCAGCGUGCCACAAACAUGUCACAACUUUUGGAUAUUGGAGGGUGGCACUGUUGUUAGUUGGAGGGCAGCAGAUUACCUUUUCAGUGAGGAUGCUACAUGUCCAGAUACUCUCAGGAUAUUUGACAGCAAAGAUUACCUCUGGAACAAGGUGAUGGUUUUUCACAGUUUGUUUCUGUCUGUCUGUGAGAGGCGGCAGAGUGUGAAGUCUGUGAGCAUUGGUCAUUAUGUGCUGCCUCCAGCCUCCGUGCAGGACGAGGUGAGGAAUGUGGUUGGGAGGUUGAUUUGGGAGUAUGAAGAUGAACAGUCAGAAGCACAGGGCUCCCAGAAGAGUUCUAGUCUCUUGACAGAAGAGGACUACAGUGAAGAAAUCAGCAGAAGCAACUCUGAACCAUCUGAGACCGACUCAACAGAAAGUGAGGGUCCUCUAUGUAAUCAUUUGGGAAACUGUCCAGAUAGUAGCAUGUUAACAGGCUAUGUCAGCAUGGACAACCUGCAGAAAUAUCGAGGUGAACUGUGUGAUUUCCAACCGGAGUUUGUCCAGUGCUGCAAAUGUAAAGCGAACAUAUACAUAACUAAAGCAUGUUAACGCUUGCUGUGCUGCUCACAUUUGCAUAUUGUAGAUAAUGUACUGACAAAAAAAUGAGUUAUGUUUAUUAUGUUUACAUUUCCUUUCUGCACGUCUUUUGUAUAAAUGUACACUCACAUUAAAACACAGCUAAUGCUCAUAUCGUAUUGUAAUGUUGUCCUUAUUAAUUCAUUGUUUCUGAUAAAUACAGAAUUUUAUCCCCUUGA